GAUUUUACACAAGGUUUAUUACGAAUGGGUGAUGAAACAGUCAAUUGUCCUCCAGUGACCAUACGUUUAUUAGUUCCAGUAGCUCAAUGUGGUUCAAUAAUCGGUAAAGGAGGAUCCAAGAUUAAAGAUGUUCGUGAGUUAACUGGUGCAUCAAUUCAAGUUGCUAGUGAAGCUUUGCCGACAUCCACAGAAAGAACAGUUACAAUAUCAGGUACAGCGGAUGCAAUUUCCAAGUGUAUUCGAUUAUUGUGUGAUAUAUUUUUAGAGUGCCCAAAUAAAGGUCCGGUCAUUUUUUAUCGACCAAAACCCGUGAUUGGUAAUCCAGGAUUAAUAUGUCCUGCCACUACAUUUUCAUCUGGUUUACUGCAUUCAAACUUGUCUGGACUUCCACUUUCAGUGUGCGAGAAUUCACAUGAAUCAGGAUAUACUACACCAAUGUUAACAUCAGCCUCGUUAUUAUCAAACGAAGUGAACUCUGUUAGUCCAACUACUUUAAAUAGAACUUAUACAAAUCAGUUUGGGAUACCAUCUGGUAUUUUAUCUGGAGGAACUGGAGUAUCUGGUUCAUGUAAUGUUGGAUGUGGUGUUAAUAAUACAUCUAUUGUACCUAAUCUACCUACAGCAAAUACUAUUCAAUCUCCUCUAACAGUAAUUGGUUCUGGUCGACCAGUUAGUCAAAUGUCAGAUCUCAUUUCAGAUCAAGUUCAUUUGUUUGCUACAUUGAAUCAAUUAGAUUUAGCUAACUUUCAAUCAUAUUUUUCAUCGAUUUUGGCUCCAUUACCAAAUACAAAUCCAAUUGCAAAUGGGAUGCAUUCCAUUGGACAACCUUUGAAUAUGCCAGAAAUAGCUCUCACUCCUGGUAUACUUGGUUGUUACCCAACUCCAACAGCUGCUGCUCUACCAAUUGUUGGUUCACCUAAUAACUAUAUGUUUUCUUCACCUACAGCUCUUCUUAAAAUAUCAAAUAGACUGCCUGAAGAUCAAUUUACAACAUCAACAUCUAAUAGUCUUAGUGAUAUAAUUGUUAAUCAAUCUGAUAUAUGCAUGAAUAAUAAUAGUAACAAUGCAUCACCAAAUAAUUUAUCCAUCUGUAAUGGUUCAUUACCUAUUGACUCAAAUAAUAAUUAUACAUCACUUUCAACUCCAAUAGAUCCCAUAAAAUCAAUUUGUGGUCUUCAGAAUACAGCAUCUUUACUUGGUCUUCCAUCCCUGUCAAUCAAUACAAUUUUAAAUCCUCAACAACAAAAUUCAUUAUUUUCUUUGGCUAAUACAGAAGAGAGUAUUAUUGUCCGAGAGAUGAUUAUUUCUAAUGAUGUAAUCGGUUGUAUUAUUGGACGUGGUGGUACAACAAUCAAUGAAAUUAGAAACGCAUCUAAAGCACAAAUCAAAAUAUCCAACUGUGAAGAUGGUGCAAAAGAAAGAAAAAUAACAGUUUCUGGAAAGUUGGAUUCAGUAAAUUUAGCUCAAUUCCUUAUAAACAGCAGUAUUGCAAUACAUCGAGAAAUGUGGGCAUUUAAUGUUCGAUUAGCAUCAGCUGCAACUGCUUUAAUGACUAAAAAUAGUUUCAUAAUCAAUUCAUUAAAUAAACAUUCUGAAAACCAUAAUAAAAUAUAUUUGUCACCAUUGAAGAACAAUUGUGAACAUAUUGAUUAUAGUUUAUUUCAAUCAAAUAUUCCAAUGAAUACUACAAACACUUCACAUAUGAAUUCAUCUUCAUUAUUGUUACUAAAAGAAAAUCUAUCACCUGAUUUACAUAAACAAACAAUGGAUUGUUUUCAACCAAUCUAUGAAGAUGAUAAUCAAUUGAGUUUAAAAUUUAAAUCUAGUCAUCGGUUGACCAGGAGAUCAAGAAUAAUACCUUACUAAAUUUUAAUUGAAAAUUUAGUUUAGUUUUAUUUUUGUUUUCUUAAUAAUUCUCAAAGUUUAAUAUUGAUUAUUUAUUAAAUAUGCAUGUCAUGUCAUGGGAAUUGUAUUGCAUCCUCAUAUGAAAUUAGUGAUGAUUUGAAAAUAACAAUGAAUUGAUAUAUUGAAUAGAUUUUAUCUGUUUUCCAUUACAUUUGGAAUGUAAUUAAAAUCUGUUUCUUCCGGUGUUUAAUUAACACGAAUGCUGACUGCAUAUAACUAUUAUUUUAAUGUAUAUUCUACAGUAUAAACUACAUAAAAGUCAUUGAAGUUUAUUACUGUUUCAUUGUUUUAUGGCGAUUCAUAACAGGUAUAAUAAUAAUAAUAAUAAUAAUAAUAAUAGUCAUAAAUAUUAUGUCUCAAAAAGGUACUCAUUAAUAUACAAAAGUAUUGCUAACCGUCGAUGAUACACAUUUAUCUUAACUUCGCUAAUUGAAACAAACCAUUUCAAUGGUAAUUGAUAAAACAUAUCAAAAGAAUAAUCACUAUUUCCUGGUUUUGUCAUUGUAUACUCUCUUUAUUGUUUAAUGUUACUUUAUGGCAACAAUUAUUGUUAAUAAUAAUACUAAUAAUAAUAGUAAUAAUAUUAAUAGUAGUAGUAGUAGUAGUAAAAGUACUUAAUUCCAAAUUUAUUUUAUUUUAUUUCGCAUUACAAAAACGAUCCAUAUGAAUGCAAAUAUUGUAUCUAAUUAUAUCUAAAUAUAUACAUAUAUAUACAUAUUGAUAUGAAAAAGGAUUUCCGCGGAAUUAUUGGCCGGUAUGAUUGCCUUUGUCAAUUAUUAACAUACAAUGAAAAUCUGAUACUAUCAUCUUUUAUUUACAGUAACAUACGCAUAUAUAUAUUGCGCAUAGACAUUCAUAGAUGAAGAGAUUAUUCAAUAGUACUGAAUGUCUCAUUAACAUAGUAUAUAUUAUAAUAUUUGAAAGAAACGUAAUUGAUUCCAUUCAAAUUUUUUUAAUUUUAAAACAAUAUAUACAUAGCAACAAUCUUGCACAGUAGUUUCAUGAUAGUGUUAUUAGACAAGUACAUAUAUUAUACAACAAACAACACAACUUACAAUAGGAUGCCAUAUUUGUUAAUUUGAUUUCUUCAUAAUUUUGAACAUUAUACUAUUAAAUAGAAAGAAAAACCAAACAAAACAAAACAAAAACCAUGGUGAAUUGUGCAUGAAGUCUUUGAUUACUUUUAUGAAAUAAAAGAAUUCUAUCGUUUUCACUUGAAUUGAUUACAUAAUAUUUCAAUAUUAUUCAUUGUGCAAUGAUCAAAUAAAUUGUCAUUUAAAUGUAUAGUCAUUUUGUAUACAGUUUAUUUGACAGAAGGAUCGUAAUUCUUAAAAACAAAACAAAACAAAACAAACAACACACACACACAAAACAAACAUGAUUAUCUCUAUCAUUCAUUUGUUAAUUCUCAUUAGAAUGAUGAUACUUAUCAAGUGCCUUUUUUCUUUUUGUAAUCAAUUUCAUCAACAGAUUAAUGAUAUCGAUUAGAUCAAUCAAAUCAACACUUAAAUAAACGGAUCAUUUUGUUGUGUUUUUUGUUCUUUUUUCUGUAUAAUUAAUCAAUAAUCAAUAAUAUAGGUCAAUUAAAGUGAUACUGAUUAAGUGUCAUGACAUCAAUAAUCAUAUUAUAAAAACAUGUUUAUGAAAAUGAGAUAAAAUAUAAAACUUCUAAUAACAAUAAUGGAGUAUUAUUUUGGUUGUUAAGUUUUUAAUAUAAUUAAAG